CUGUUCUUCAGGUCACUAGGUUACUCUGGCUUAUAGUUUAAAAACUAUCAGGAGAACAUAAUAUGGUCUGACGUGCAGCUUGUUUAAAACCUAAAAGAAUUCGCUAGAAUCGUAAACCGUGUCGACAAAGGAACAGGAGAACACGCAACCUAUUUUAUCUCAAAAAAUGGCCACAGGCGCCGAGAAGAUGACGCAAAUCUAAGCAAAUAAGGAAAAUAAACCAAGGAAGGCCGACCGUCACCUAAUCAAAUUUAUGGCGCUGAUACGGAGCGAAAUGUGACAAAGGCAAACAGUAGCGCUACGACCCGGAUGAGAAGAUGAGCCAGCCGUUCUUCUCCUGGGCCGACUACGCCUUCUUCUCGGUGACAAUCUGCACCAGCCUGCUGAUAGGCGUCUACUACGGAUGCUUCGGUACGAAACAGAAGACCAAGGAGGAGUACCUCCACGGCGGCAAGCGGAUGAGGUCGUUUCCGGUCGGGAUGUCUCUGGCGGCGAGUCACCUUUCAGGUAUAACGAUGCUGGGAGUACCGGCGGAAAUCUACCUGUACGGCACGCAGUACGCGAUAUGUCCGAUAACCGUGGUGCUGCUUAUGGUCACGAUCGUCUACGUCUACCUGCCGGUCUUCUACAAGUUGCAGCUGCCCAGCAGCUACGAGUAUUUAAAGUUGCGCUUCGGGCACGAGCUUCGGACUUUCGCCUCGUGCCUUUACGUUCUCUCGGCGAUUCUCCACGUGCCUAUCGUGAUUUACAUUCCGUCACUGGCGCUAACCCAAGUGACUGGUUUAAAUCUGUACGUAGUCAGCACGCUCAUCUGCUUGGUGUGCAUCUUCUAUACGACUCUGGGCGGGCUCAGGGCUGUGGUGCUCUCCGACACCAUCCAGCUGAGUAUUACGAUCAGCACGAUGCUGAUCGUAAUCGGGAUCGGCACGUACAUGUCCGGGGGAUUCGUGAAGAUCUGGAGCGACGCGAGUGAUCGCGAUCGAAUCGAGCUGUUCAACAUGAACUUCAAUCCGACGGUGAGGCAGACAUUUUGGGGGGUCGCGAUAGGAAUGUGGGCGACUUUCGUCGGGAAUUUAGGCGUGAAUCCGUCCUCAGUACAGCGAUUCUUGUCUCUGCCCACGUAUACCGCCGUAAAACGGGCGGCCAUUGUGUUUGGGGUGGGAACUGCUAUCACGAAGGUGGCCAGUUGCUGGAUUGGUCUCAUUCUCUUUGCGACGUAUAUGGAUUGCGACCCCUUCUCCCUGGGGAAGAUUAACAGGGUUGACCAGAUGCUUCCCUACUACCUACUGGACGUGGGGCGUAUCAAGGGGCUUCCCGGACUCUUCGUCGCUGGCGUCUGCGGAACCGCGCUCAGCUCAAUGUCCACCUCCAUCAAUACGCUAUCACUAACAGUCUACGAAGACUUCCUCAGGUCUAGACUUCCCAGUCACAUCUCCACCAGGACGACCAAUCGGAUACUCAAGGUAAUCGUGGUGAUCAGCGGGCUGCUGUGUUUGGGGCUGAUAUUCGUCAUUGAAAAGCUGGGCGGAGUGGUUCAGAUCUCCUUGAGUUUCCAUGCGGUGACCCACGGACCUCUUCUGGGCCUCAUCUCCUUGGGAAUGCUAUUUCCAAUCGUAAAUAAGAAGGGGGCCCUCUGGGGAGGAAUCGUUUCGUCAGUUCUUACCGCCAUGCUCGUCUUCGGCGCCCAGGCCUACAUUUUCAUGGGGAGGGUCAAGCACGCGUAUAAACCGAUGUCGACGGAACACUGCGACGCCAACAUCACCAUCAUAUCGAACCCCUCGGAGGCGGAUCCCGAGAAACCGCCGCUCAUAUUCCAGAUAUCGUUCUACUUCUACACGCUGAUCAGCGUAACGAUCGCCAUCGUCGUGGGUGUUUUAGUCGGCUGGUGGACGAGGACGAAGGACGAUCCGAAGGUGGAGCGCGACCUGUUAAGUCCGGUAAUCUACCGCUUCCUUUCGCGUGAAAAUUCGGCGCAGCAAGAGCUCGCCACUUACGAAUCGGUCGAAAAGGCGCUGGCGAAUGUAACCAGUGGUGCAGACGAGGAGAAGGUCAAUAAAUGAGAUUAUAUUGUAAUAGGAAAUUUAGAUGACAACAGAUCCCACGUUUUAUGUGUCCCUGAUACAAACUUAUCUAUUAAAAAAUUCCGUAUCAGGGUUGCAGAAACGUAUGUGUAAUAUAUUGUAAAUCACCGCCAUUUUCCACAGAAUUGUCAUAUCACUAUUAUGUUCUCCCGAUACUAAUUUUGUUAUAAAAAUUCUGUUAUCCUGCUGUAAUUUUUUUCAAUCUCUAAUAGACGUAAUAUUAAUUCA